UUGGAAUGUGUUGUUUAGGUUCUGAGGCGUGACCCCUUUUGAGUUUUCAGGGUUUCAUUUGUUUGUCAGGGAUCAAUUUUGAAUUUUGACCCAUUUUCAAUUUCUUUCUUUCUUUCUCCUUAUAUUUUCAACUUUUCCAUAUUCUUUAUUUGGACCCUCUGGAUCUAACUAACCCUUGCCUGGAAAUUUCAAAAAGAUUUUGUCUUUGUUUUGUUUUCUUUAUUUGGGUUUGUGAAUUGUAGCUAUAGUUGAUUAAUUUGAUGGCUAUUGAUGACAAUUAUCACAGGCAAGGGCUAGUGGCACAUGCUCCUCCUCCUGGUUACUUUUCACGCUUGGAGAACAGAAGGGCUGAAGACGAUCUUUAUUUGAGAAAGAGAGUGAGGAUGAGAAGAUGGCUGUGUUGCACCUGUCAAGUAGAGGAGUCCUACCCAUCACAUGAAACUGAACACCUGAAACACCCUGCAAGUCAUGCUGAUGGAUAUCAGAAAGGGUCAAGAGUAUCAGAUCCUAUCAGGGCUGAAGCGGAUAAAGCAAUACCAACUAUAGAGGUCCCUGCAUUGUCUUUGGAUGAACUGAAAGAGGAAACUGACAAUUUUGGAUCGAAAGCAUUAAUUGGUGAAGGAUCUUAUGGGAGAGUAUACUAUGCUAAUCUAAGCAAUGGCAAAGCUGUUGCUGUGAAAAAGCUUGAUGUUUCAUCUGAGCCUGAGACUAAUGUUGACUUCUUGACUCAGGUUGCUAGAGUUUCAAGAUUGAAGCAUGACAAUCUUGUUGAGUUGCUUGGUUACUGUGUUGAAGGAAAUAUUCGUGUAUUAGCUUAUGAAUUUGCGACGAUGGGGUCCUUGCAUGAUAUUUUGCACGGAAGGAAAGGAGUACAAGGGGCACAGCCUGGCCCAACACUUGAGUGGGUGCAGCGGGUAAAGAUUGCUGUUGAUGCUGCAAGAGGCCUUGAGUAUUUGCAUGAGAAGGUCCAACCUUCAAUAAUACACAGGGAUAUCAGAUCAAGCAAUGUCCUCCUCUUCGAAGACUACAAAGCAAAGAUUGCAGAUUUUAACCUGUCAAAUCAGGCUCCUGACAUGGCUGCUCGCCUUCAUUCUACUCGAGUUUUAGGAACAUUUGGCUAUCAUGCACCAGAAUACGCUAUGACUGGACAACUGACACAGAAGAGUGACGUGUAUAGCUUUGGAGUGGUCUUGCUUGAACUUUUGACUGGAAGAAAGCCUGUAGAUCAUACAAUGCCUCGAGGACAGCAGAGCCUGGUUACUUGGGCUACCCCGAGACUGAGUGAAGAUAAAGUCCAGCAAUGUGUCGAUCCAAAGCUGAAAGGAUGUCCUCCGAAAGCAGUGGCUAAGAUGGCAGCCGUGGCAGCACUGUGUGUGCAAUAUGAAGCUGAAUUCCGUCCAAAUAUGAGUAUUGUUGUCAAAGCUCUCCAACCACUACUAAGGGCUCCUGCUGCACCUGCUCCAGAAAUAUAAGGAGCCUAUUGUCGCUCGCUUGUUUUGGAAUUUCUACUGCUAAUUUGCAACUGUUUUGGUAUAUCAUGCCAGUAUUUCAUUUGUAACAUGAUUUAAAACAAAAAACAAAAAAACAAACAAGACUUCAAAUUUUCCCAUUAUUGAAACUGGUGUUAGGAUUGAUUGAUUGAUUGCUUUAACUUACAUGGUGAGAUUGUUGAGGAGAUUUCCCUGAGAACUGAGGGGUGUCUAGAUUUUUUCUUUCCUAAAAGAACACCUGGGGUCUAUCCUAUCAAUUUGUGUAUUAUAUUUGUACUUAACGGUGUUGUGUUAUAUUUAUGGAUUUAUACUAUACAGAUUGGACGUCAAA